GACACCGGUCGUGGGCCGGGAGUCGUUCACCUGAUAAAAAAGGAAGGGAAUUUGACCAAUCGCGUUGUCGCGGAAACCGUCAAGCACAACACCGCUUAAAUCCUUCAUGAGGAGAGUGAUAUUCGGUUUGGUCCGCUUUGGCCGGGUUUUUAGUGCCGCGCCACGCACACCGCUGAAGCCACCGAAUUUUCUGCUGCAGCCGAGUACCUGCAUUUUGCCAGUUCGAACAAUGUCGGGAGACCGGAAAAUUGACUUAUCUUACGAGGACCUGUUGGAGCUGAAGGCACAGGGCGGCAUCGUCCUGGUUGACGUAAGGGAGCACAAGGAGAUCCAGGAGACUGGGAAGCUGCCUGGCAGCAUCCAUAUUCCACUUGGGGAGCUGCAGCAGGCGUUGAAGAGCUCAGCGGACGAGUUUAAAAAGAAGUACGAAGGCGCCGACCUUCCGACGAAGACCUCCGAGCUGGUCUUCUCGUGCAAAGGAGGAAUGAGGAGCCGCAAAGCCAUGGCCGCCGCCCAGGAAGUCGGAUUCACCAAUGUUCGCCAUUACGCUGGUGGCUGGUUGGACUGGGAAGCCAAGACUAAGAAUUAAACGAAGAAAACGACUCUAUUUUAGUCAUCGUGUUAUUUGCAAAUAAUAAAUAUUUCUUUUAUUUUCAAAAAUAGUAA